AUGCCCAACUUAACAAGUCUAUCGGCAAAGCAUUCGAGCUCAUCAUGGAUUGCAGUAAUGUUAGUAAUAUUCCUAUCCACAUCGGUAGGCGCAACAGAUUAUCUCAUGUUGGGAACGUAUUCAUACACACGAGCAAAUGACUAUCCGAUGGAUGUUACGUCAUAUACUAUGGCUAUAAUAUUCUUAUUAACAGGAGCAUUGAGUUUAUUCCGUGGUAACAAAUAUAGAUGGCUUUCGAUAGUUUUAGGUGGAUUUUAUACAGCAGGGAUAAUGAUAGCUUUGUUCGUUAUCAAAUUCCAAAAUGUUACGGAUCCAUCAGGUGGCCUCCGUUUUAUAUAUUUAGCCAUCAGUAUAGCAUCAGGUGUAGCUACGGGGCUAUUCUUUGUUUGCAUGUGGCCGAGUGGACGAGUUCUUGUGGGCGCAAUUGGCGGACAUGCUUUUUCGUUUAUUCUUCUAUCGACUCGCACAGAUGGACUGAUACGAAGUCAUAUACCAAGAUAUAUUUUUAUGGUAUUAUUCAUUGUGUUAUUUGGAGGAGCAGCAGGAUGUAAGAGAAUAUAUCCAUAUGUGGCUAUCGUGUCAACCGUAUUCACCGGAGCUUAUUUAAUAAUGCUUGGGGCCGAUAUAUUUGCAAGAGCUGGUUUAUUGGCCGGAUAUAAAUAUUUGUGGGGAUUCACACAGCCGGAUGAUUAUAGAUAUACUGCAGAAAAGGACAAUGGCAUAAUCUUAUUGACAGUUGGACUUGUGCCCCCGACCGCCGAUGUUGAUACGUCAAGAUCUGCGAACCGCAAUGACAAUGGCAAUCGAUUAUCAACCGGUGCCGGCGUUGGUCAUGCUAGGAGAGAGUCACGUGAAAUAUUACCGUGGGGAAUGGUAUCUUCCACGCUGGCGUGGACAAUGGGAAACAGGGCGUCCUAUUUUGGCAGGGCGAAUAUAGGCUGGGAUUUGAGGUCUAUUGCUACAACUGAGAGAUCGACAUAUGGUGGAUCAAAUAAGGAGUAA